AUGACCAAGUCGCCUUUUGGCAGAUCUCAGCGGCGAAGUAUCAACCUCCCGGCGUUGGCGCUGUGCCUGGUUGUGCCAUGGCUGAUCUUCGCAUCAGUCUAUAGCCUUUGCAGUCUUACCAUCCACUACCAGAACCCAGAGUUCGUCCUAUGUGGAGAAGUGGCUGCUGGAGCCGUUGUGCUAGUGAUAGCGUACUCUGCCCUGCAAAACCUCAGGAGUGGAGAAGAUGGACAGUCAACUUGGUACUUCUUCCUCCUUCUUUGCUGCGGAGCUAACCUGGCUUUGGCCAUCGUUCUGGGGAACAUGAACUACAGGACCAAUAUGGUGCCAUUCAUGGACGUCAACAACAUGAACGACUACGAUAUGGUGAAUCCGGCAGAAAGCAAAGGAAACCAACUUAUGGACGCUGGCCGUAUACACUUUGUCCCGGAGUCAAAGCUCGACAUCACUCAUUCCAUGGGCUUCAGGAAUAUGGACACUUAUUGCGUUGCUCCGAUCUCGAUCGGCGAGCAGGACAACUAUGACUUCUGGGCUGUUGGUCUCAACUGCUGCUCCGGGCACGUGGCUGACUUUCACUGUGGUGAAUUCAACAACCCAACAGCGCACGCGGGUCUUCGUUUAAUGAGGGAUGAUUUGCGAUCCUACUUCCGACUGGCAGUGCAACAAGCAGAGGCUGCCUACAACAUCCGAGCCAAUCAUCCGAUCUUUUUCUACUGGAUGCAGGACCCUUCCACAGAGAUUAGUGCAUACGAGAGCGCGGCGUACACGGUGGAUGCAGUUCUGGGCGUUGGAGUGAACGCACCAGAAGCUGACAUCAAGAAGGCGGCCUACAGAAAGCUUGCCCUGCAGUACCAUCCAGACAAGAAUCCUGGGAACAAGCAGGCGGAGGAAAAAUUCAAAGAACUUGCAGAGGCAUACUCUAUACUCAGCAGCGCCGACAAACGCAAGCACUAUGACUUCGAACGGGCUGCUCCUCAGCAACAGCCACAUGUUCGGGAGGAUGAUGAUUUCCAGUGGUGGGGCAAAAAGCCUGGAGAGUCACCAGGAAACCCUUUCGCAAAGCCUACCAGGCCUACCAAAGCGUCCACGGUCGACCCGAGAUCCAGCUACAGCUACGCUGCAGGUCCAACUGGUCCGAUGCCACGCGCAGCACGUGGCUUCACACCGCCUCAUUUCACACUCUCAGAGGCCACUAGCCUCUUCCAAAGUUUGUUCGGCGGAGUUGAUCCAUUUGAAGAUUUCCUGGACUCGGCAAGCCAAGGCGGAAGCAGAAGAAACUCCGCCAUGUCCUGGGAUGUGAAGAUAACCAAAAUCAAACAAGCAGAUGGCACUGUGAGAGUUGAACGAACUGACUCCUAUGGAAGAACAACUUGCUCAUUUGAAGGACGCUCAGAAGCCUCUGAUGCCGGCACCCCAAGUUCAAAAAGGGCCACACAUACCUCCCAACCUUCGGCCCCUGGCAGGACAACCAGGGCACAACAAAAUGUGCCCCCGUCUUUGCCUGCUGGUGGUGCCAGACAUUUGGCUGCAUUGAGUGCCAGCAUUGUGAUGGUAGCACUGCAUGUCUUUGUGCCACAUGAGAAGGCAGCUGGGCACCCUCAGUACCAGAAAUUGCAGCAGGUGGGCGUUGACGGCCAAGUCUCCGACAAAGAGCGUAUGUGGAGUCUUCGUCAACUGGAGAUCGAAUUGAAAGGCCUAAGAACAUUUGAUGCCCCAAAGACGGGCGAAGGGCCUGAAAGCAGUUGUCUCUCCGCAGCAGUUUUGCUGGGCAUGCGCUUGGCUGAGAUUCAGCACCUUGGGGGUGAGCAGGCAGAUCAGUAUGCAUCUCCAGCCUUGUCACGGGAUAGGUCGUUUUCCGAUCCCAUUGAACCUGCAUCGUUAAGACUUCCUGAUGCCGACUUUGUCGCGGUGGCAUCAGCGCUUGGAGCAGGUCCAGAUGAGGUGGUCAUUUUCGUGACAACAUUUCAACGCGCUGUGCCAACUAGAGCUCAUUUGUUGCUCCUGACAGAUGUUGAAGCGCUGGAAGAGAAACUAAAGGAGACGGGCAUCGAUUUGCAGCGGUUGACCUUCCACAGGGUCGAUGCUGCAGAACCCUGGAGUGCUUUGCCGACAAACGAUGUGCGGUUAUAUCACGUGUACACUGUCUUGCACGGCAUACAGGCAAAAGUCAUUCAAGUAUCAGAAGUGGAGGGUAUUGCUUUUCAGGCAAACCCAUUUGUUUGGGCGUCAGCGCAGCCGCCCGGAGUCCAUUUGUUUGCAGACAAUACCCUAGUUGGCGAGGCAAAGACUUGGCCAGCUCUAGCGAUGUGUUUUGGCACGGAGGCAGACCAUCUCCAAUCGAAGCCAACAGUUGCUUCAAACUAUAUGAUUGGAACCAAGCCGGAUGUGCAAAGGUAUCUUUCUGCUGUUGUUGACAAGAUCAAAGCUGCAGCGUGCAACAAGCGUGGCGUGGCCACUGCCGCUGCAAACUUUGUGGCACAGACAGAAGGCACUAAAGUGUUUAUCCACAACGGUCAAAAUGGACCUGUUUGGACGGGUGAAAAUGUUGCGGCCAAAGACAUCAUCCUGGACUCAGAAGACCAUGUGAUCAAUCAGGACGGCUACCAAUAUGCAGUCCUCCGACGCUAUGACCAGCACCAGGAGCUCUGGAAAAGCCUUCAGCUUCAGUUUGGGCGACGCCGCAUUCCGCCUGAUUGCUCAAGCUUUGAGGUUGAAGAUGGUGACAUGCAGGGUCACGAUUUGACACAUGGCUCAGCAGAGAAUGAAGUGGAAUGCUGCACCACCUGCCAGCAGGACCCAGGCUGCUCAGCCUUUAUUUUCUCUCCGUCUCGAAAGCACUGCUGGCUAAAGUCAGCAGGAGGAAUCAGGACGUACCGUCCGGGCUCUGACAUGCGAUGCGGGCUUCGGAUCAAUGGUCAAGCUUGA